AUGGCUCGCGCACGACUCUUGAGACUAUCCCUGUUAGGUCUCAACUACAGCGUAGAGCAUCUCCGUUUUUCUCUUAAAGCUCAGCCCCAUGUCUACAUGGUAGAGCUCUACAUCGGCACGCCCGCCAAAAGGAAAUACUACUUAGUCAUGGACACUAGCAGUGACAUAUUAUGGAUGCAAUGCAAGCCAUGCAUUCAUUGUUGGAAACAAACUAUGCCGAUCUUCCACCCGACCAAAGAGUCGAGCUCUUUCGACCCGAUACCAUGCAACCAUACGUUGUGCGAUUUGAAUGACCCAGAUAAGAAAUGCGUUAAAGGCCAAUGCCACUACAAUAUCGACUAUAACGAGGGCUCUUCAUCGAGAGGUGUCCUCGGCUCUGAGACAUUAGGUUUCUCUUCCGACAGGUCGCAAAAAGAUGUUGUGCGUAAAUUUGUUUUUGGUUGCGCAAAUGAUAACAAAGGUUUCUCGAUGCCAAAGGAGUUGUCAGGAGUUUUCGGCCUCGACAUGGAGCCAUUAUCACUGGCAAACAUCAGUGUUGCCGGCCAUCGCCUCGGCUUCACGCCAAACGAUUUUGCUCUUCGCAAAGAUGCUCGAGGGCUAGUGAGAGGGGGCUUUUUUAUCGACUCGGGCUCAACAUAUACCGCAUUAAGCACGGGAGGCCCGUAUGAGCGAAUAAGGGAGGCAUUUAGAGCACACUUCAAGCAACUUAAGCUGCGGUCGGCGAAUCACAGUUCAUUUGAGGUUUGUUAUAGAGUGCCGCAUAAGGGGGUUAAGGGGGCAUUGCCGAGCUUGACGGUUCACUUUAGCGGCGGCGUCGAUUAUACAGUGGCACCACAGAAUGUGAUGGAGGAGAUGGAGAAGAAUAUAAUCUGCGUCGGCAUAGUAGGUCGUCCAAAUAUGAGCGUUCUUGGAGAACAUUACCAAUACAAUCACCAUUUCUCGUACAAUGUCAGAGAGAAGCGAUUAUCCUUCGCUCCUGCUGAUUGCAGUCGAGUUGUAUGA